CGCACGUUGAAGAGUUAAGAUGACCAGUGCUCGGAGCUAGAGUCGCUCUCUCUCACAAAGGCGCAAGGGUUGCCUGUGGACCACAUGCCGACAGUAACAACAACAGCCGGGAUAUUGAUCAUUUCGUCGCACAUUCCGGAGGAAGCUACACCAUUUUAGUAGCGUAGAACAUUGCCAGUGCCCAGACGAACGAUGGUCGUACUUUAGUGACAGAGCGCAGUGAGUUUGCUAAUAGUGUCGGUCGAAAAGAAUUUCUGUUGUGCGGUUGGGAAAGAUUGUUCAAAAACUAUCGUGCUUAAAUGAUGACCCCAGCAAGGGGUGAAACGUGUGUGGCAUCCGGCAACCAGCCGGGCGAGAAGAUCGGUCACUCCGAAAUGGCCGCACGGACGAAAGCGACCACGGCGGGUUCGUCGUCAGCGUUCAGCUGCUGUCCGGCGAACGGCGAGAGCUCGUCGAUCGACGAUUCGAUCGAGCUGAACGAUAGUCAGGAAGGCGCCAACAACAACACGAUGUACCACAAUGGGCUGCUCGAGACGCAGGACUAUCGCUUCCCCAAGCGGCCGCCCGUCGACAUCGUGUUUCGCGACAUCCGCUACAACGUGAAGCGCUUCAACAUAUCGAAGGCAAAGUUUGAGUCGAAGGAGAUUCUUCACGGGCUGAAUGGAUCGUUCAAGUCGGGAGAACUGACCGCCAUCAUGGGUCCGUCCGGGGCGGGCAAAAGCACGCUGCUCAACAUCAUGGCCGGUUAUGUGUCGUCCGGUGUCAGCGGCAUGGUGCAGGUGAACGGCAAAAGCCGUUCGCACAAUUCGGAAAGCUUCCGCAAGCUGUCCUGCUACAUCCAGCAACACGAUGCCCUUCGACCCUGGCUGACGGUGAACGAGGCGAUGACCUGCGCGACCCACCUGAAGCUCGGCUUCGGGAUCGACCUUGCCGAGAAGCGCAAGCUGAUCGAGAAGAUUUUGUUCAUGCUCGGCCUGGAGCAGAAGGGCGCCACGCCGACGGCCGGCCUGUCCGGGGGCCAGAAGAAGCGGUUGGCCAUCGCGCUGGAAAUGAUCAGCAACCCACCGAUCCUGUUCCUGGACGAACCGACGACCGGGCUGGACAGUUCGUCCUGCGCCCAGUGCGUCUCGCUGCUGAAGCGGCUGGCCGAGGAUGGCCGGACGAUCGUGUGCACGAUCCACACGCCGAGUGCGCUCCUGUUCGAGAUGUUCGACCAGCUGUACACGGUCGUGCAGGGUCACUGCUUCUACCAGGGCCCCACCAAGGAGAUGCUUCCGUUUCUGGGCGAUCUCGGCUACCACUGCCCGAGCUACCACAAUCCCGCCGAUUUCAUGAUGGAGAUAGCGGUCGGUGAGUACGGGGCCGACGUCGGGAAGGUGAUCAAGGCGGCGCUCAAGAAGUAUUACGAAAUCAGCAGCCGCUGCAUCGAGCUGGAUUCCGAGUACGACGAUAACGAGAAACCAUCCCUGCAGAGCUUUGGCAUCGGCACGAAGGACGAAAUGUUUAAGUUGCAAAAGGAGGCGGAAGGCACGGACACAUCGUCGUACGAGGAAAAUGGCUCACUGACGAACACGAAACCUGCUUCCCUGAUCAUGCAGUUUCUGCUAUUGGUUUACCGAAACUUGCUGAUGACCCGGCGAAACUAUUUUUUGCUGUUCUGUAGAAUCUUGGCGCACGCGACGAUCGCCACCAUCUUCGGGUAUCUGUACAUCGGCGUGGGACCAAACGCAAACCAAGUGCUGGCGAACUACGUGUAUCUCUACGGUUCGAUGCUGAUGAUGGUUUACACCGGGAAAAUGGCCGUCGUGCUUUCGUUUCAAAUCGAGAUGGAAUCAUUGACGAGGGAGUACUUCAACCGCUGGUACAAGCUGGGUCCGUAUUUCCUGUCCGUGUUGGUCCUCGAGAUACCGGUGCAGAUUUUUUGCUCCCUGAUAUACGUCGUCAUCAGCUAUCAUCUGACGGGGAACUAUGUGAAUUUCGAACGCUUCUGCCUGUUUGCCUUGUUCUGCGUGGCCGGUUCGAUUUGCGCCCAAGCGUGGGGUUUCUUCGUAGGAGCAACACUCUCCGUGAAGCUGGCGGUGUUUAUUGGACCAAUCUUGGCGGUACUGUUCUCCGUGUUCGGUUUCUGCACGCGAUACGUUGAUAUUACACCAGUUUUCAAAUGGAUGUGGCACAUCAGCUACUAUCGGGCCAGCUUUCACGGGAUCCUGAACUCCGUUUACGGCAUGAACCGCGAAGAUCUGAACUGUCCGGAAACGACUAUCUAUUGCCACUUCAAGAACCCGGUGCUGUUCCAGAAGGACAUGGACAUCGAGCACGUCGACAUGCAAUCCAACUUUGUGCUAAUCAUGCUUAUCAUUAUCACGAUGUACAUCAGCACGCUUAUCGUGCUCUGGUAUAAGCUCAACAAACGGUAAACACCGGCGACGCACGGUUCGCGUGGCUCUUUCGUUGCUCUAGUGUUUUACGUUUGUAUCGUGCCUUGGUCACCUUCCUGCCACGGAUAGCGCACAGCCCUGGGG